GCGAGGCAGAUUCCCUCGAAACGAAAAAACAUGGCAACUGGAAAGCAAAUGAUGAACACAAUAUUUCGUUGAAUUUUCACCGUUUAUAUCGCUUUUUGGCCUAAAAACUCCGGCAAAUUAUCCUAAAAAGGGUUGUGUAUUAAAGAUGGAGGGUGACGGGCGUAGAGGAGGCGAAGAAUCAUUGAGUUACAUGUCAACUGUUGGCACCAUGGAAGACUUGUUAGAGAAGCUAAAGCUUCUCGAGUACGAUGCAGAAUUCUGCAAACCUCUCGGCUUCAGACCACUUACAAGGCACUACUUUGCCCUAUCUACCAACCCAGGUGAACAGUUCUUUACAUUCACAUCGCUUGCUGCAUGGUUACUCAACCAGCGUGGCAAGAAUUUUGAACAACCUCAGGAGUAUGAUGACCCCAAUGCCACCAUCUCAAAUAUUCUUGAUGAGUUAAAAAAGAUGGGUAUUCAAACAGACUUUCCACCUGCUAAACUUAAGACGGGGUCAGGAGAACAGGUCUGUUAUUGUAUUGACAAACUUUGUGAUGAAGCCCUUAAAGCAAAGAGGUUUGGAUGGAAAAGACCUGUACACCCAGAGGAGGAGUUCGAAGAGGAGACAAUGGAAGAUGAUGAAUCAGAGGUCACCAUUAAUAAAGUCGAAGAGGAACUAGAGGUUGAUGAUCAAGCUGAAAUUGAAGAAGAUGAUAGCUACCUUGACCUAACUGGACUGAAGGAGCAGAACAACUUCAGAGAUUCAUCAGAGUCACACAAGCCUGACUCAGUGAUGGAGUCAAAUGUUGACGCUGCCGAAUGGAAGCUGGAGGUUGAGAGAGUUCUUCCCUUACUCAAAGUUCACAUACGUACAGAUAACAAGGACUGGAGAACCCACUAUGAACAAAUGCAGCAGCACAGUGAAGGAAUUAAGUCAUCUUUAAAUGAAACUAGGGGCCAUCUUGACAAGCUACAUCAAGAGAUCAGUCGUACUUUGGAAAAGAUAGCAAGUCGGGAGAAAUAUGUAAACAACCAGCUUGAGCACCUACUGCUAGAGUACCGUGGAUUGCAAGACAGUGCAGCAGAGAUUAAGGAACGAUACAAGCAAGGCAGUGGAGGAGUGACAGAACUCACCAGGUCCUUGGCACAGAUAACCGAGGAACUUGAAUCAGUCAAGGCGCAGAUGGAUGAGCGAGGAACCAACAUGACUGACGCUGGACCGCUGGUCAGAAUUAAGCAGUCUCUGACGCGGCUCAAGCAGGAGGUACAACAGAUGGAGGUCAGGAUCGGAGUGGUAGAACACUCUCUACUCAGCGCAAAGCUCAGAGACCGCAGUGCAUUAAGGGAAGACAUGCAAGCUCCCGCUGCAGAUAACUUCGGCCAGUUCAAAAUAUGAACUUGUAGGCAGGCCUCAAAUUGGAGACCUCUCUGUAAAUAAAGGUUAUAUAGCAAGAGUUCUUAUUGUAGAUUAAAAAGGAUGUAAAAUAUGCAAAGCGGACGAUGACCCUCUGGCUGCACUCACCAGCAUCGUCCAACCUUGGUCUCCCGCCCACCUGGGCCAGCUCUAGUCAUUCGGAUUCAGAGCAAGCGGGAAAUCAAAAAGUGACGUCAUUGAAUAGGAGGCCGCGUAGCCUCGAGAUGUCUUUGAACGAGGCUUAUCCAACCUUACACUGACUGUCUCGGGUCGAUCACAAGAUAAAAGACGUUAGCAAAGCUCCUCGCAGUACCCCAAAAUGGUGACAUGUGCAACCAGCAAGGCAAUUCCUUUGUCUUGUCAUUAACCAAGUGAGGAUGGGCCAGCAUUACAGGGACAUUUCGGUGCUGCUCUCCUCAUGCACCCGAGGUUUUUGUAUGCCUCAGUCAUACUUUUACAUCACUUCCCGCACAAACAGCACGACUUUUCUCAGCCAAGCAGUAUGUCAUAAACUGUCAAUCAGUGGUGUAAUAUAUGUACUUGGGCUGUACGCAGGUUACAGGAAACUCAACAGCGCCAAGGGUGUCACGGCAGUCAGAGGCGAGGUGGGUGGAGUGGGGAAAGAAAGAAUGAGAAAAGACGUUUUCUCUCUCUUUCUUGCCCGUUAUUUCCUGUUGCGCCUUGUCCGCGACGCCGUGGUACCCUAAGACCGGACUUUUCAUCCCUUUUGCUUGCGCUUGUCGGUAGAAAUAUUAUUUGUUUUAAUAUAGUUGGUCUGCUAUUUUGGCGCGAAAUUACGAGCUUUAUUAUACAAAUCGGCUCUACUCCUUUCGGGCCUACUUCAUAGCAGCCAAGUCGAACGUUAGAGCCUUUAAAGGAGCUGUAUUAUAUUUGAAACGAUGUUGGAACCUUGCAAAGUUUGUAAAUAAAGCCCUGAAUUCAA